AUGAAUUUUAUCAUACAAGAGUACACGUCAAUGAAUGAUCAGGUUAAUAUUUCGUUGAACAAUUGGAGUCAAGACUUCGUAUUUGAAAAGGGACAGGAGAAGCUAAUGUUGAAGUACAGAAUCAUACAAAAUAGUGCAAUGAACUGCAGUCGGUGUAAUUUGACAUUGUUCAAUAAGUCUCUUUUGAACCAAUUUGCAUUUGACCAUCCGGUGAUAGCAGAAGAUGAUGUUCGUUUUGAAAUGUAUCAGCUACCGUUGUCAUUCAUUGCUCCCUUAGUGAUCCUAUAUGGAGUUGUGGUUGUCAUUAGUUUUGGCGGGAAUAUCAUCAUUUGUAGUACUAUAUGUAAUGUGAAAGGCCUGCAAACAGUUACAAACUUUUUCAUUGCAAACCUAGCAAUCAGUGACAUUCUGAUGACGGUUCUCUGCAUUCCGACUACUAUUGUUAGCGACAUCAUUUUUAAACAUUGGGUGAUGGGAUCUUUCAUGUGCCCUGUGUUACAUUACCUACAACUUGUUGUUGUUAUGCAAAGGGCAUUUGCAAUGGUAGCUAUUACAUGUGAUCGACAUUUUUUAAUUUCUUAUCCGCUCAAAAAGAGAAUGACUAAACCUACAGCCAGAUUGCUAGUUAUAUUGCUCUGGCUAGCUGCAUGUAUAAUUGCUUUGCCAACAGCCAUGUUUUCUCAAAUUCACUAUUUACAGUAUGAACCAGGAUCUUACGGGCUCUGCAUAGAAAUUUGGGAAACCCAUAGACUUCGAAAUGUCUAUAGCAUUGUGAUACAAUUACUACAGUAUGUUAUUCCCUUAAUUAUAAUGAUAUGUGCAUAUAUUCACAUUGGAUACAUGAUUUGGAUAAAACCGACACCUGGUGAGGCUAUUAAGGAAAGAGAUAAGAGAAUUGCAUUAUCAAAAAGAAAAGUGAGUUUAAGAAUUAAGAAUUGA